CUAAAAUCAAUUUUUUAUAAAAAAUCGUGAAGAUUCAAUCUUGCACUAACUAGUACCAAAUCAUCGUAAGCAGUGAAAAGGGAGACUGAAUCACGACGACAACGUCGCCGCCAUCCACGGGAGCACCGCCGCACCAUUCUCUGCCUCCGCUCCUUCGUAACAUCGUACUGUCACACCCCUGCAGCAACGUCGCGUCGUUCCACCAUUAAUCCGGCGGCUGAGAUUAUUGAAGGAGGGGAUCAGGAUUCAGUUACCUACCUACCUCCACCGAUAUUUUCACGUCAAUAAAAAACAAUAGUGAUCUCCGCUGAAAUUAAUUUCCACCGUUAGAUUGGCUAGGCGUAUCAGAUUUACAAUAGAUCCUCGACACCCUAUUUCUCCCUCUCUCUUCUAGGUUUUCCGAUUCUCACAGGGUUCUAGGAAAAGGGUCAUGGUGUUCAAGAACAGGUACAUGGUGAUGGAGGUUUUUAUGAAUCCUAACAGGGACCAAGUUUCGGGUGAUUCUAUUAUAAUUACCCAGUUUAAUAUCUCCAAUGCUAUAAAAGAUAGCAUUUUGGUUAAUUUUGGGGAGUGUGGUUUGGCUUCAUCGUUGGGAUCAUUUCAGGUCAAAUAUGUGAAUCCAAUCACUAAUGUGUGCAUCAUUAGGGCUUCAAGGGAGGAGUAUGAAAAAGUAUGGGCUUCCAUUACAAUGGUCAGAAGUAUUGGAAAUUACCCAGUUUUGUUUAAUUUGCUUGAUUUAUCUGGAAAUUUAAAGGCUACUAAAACUGCUGCUUUAAAGUGUGAGGAAGCAAAAUUUCAGCAGUACAAACUUAUGGUUGGUGAUCGAUUAUUAGCCGAGGAUACUCAUCGCAUGAAUAAUUAUAUUGCAAAAAUCGAAGUUUUGGAGCACUGAAUAUUUGGCCACUAAGCUUUCACAGUUUCUUGCAAUUAGUCCGUGUCCAGUCACAAAUUGCUCACAAUUCUUGAAGUUUAAAUCUGAUUCUCGAUAAUCAUAAGCUUAAUCUUAUUUACGCUAGUUCAGUGCCAACUAUUUUGGCAGAAGGUGCAAUCUUCUGUUUAGGUUCGAUUUGUGGUUUUCCUAGCAUAUGGUAUAAUUAUUAUGCUUUAACCAUGAGAGAAGAGGCUUGCGAAAAUGUGUAAAUUUCUACAAAAAUGGUUGCGUAGUUGAAUACAAAAGAAAACUGUAUGCCAGAAGAAAAAAUUCAAACCAGUUAAAUAUAUUAACUAUGAACUGGAACCAGUUUUUUCUUUCUGAGAGAACUAGGGCCAGUUUGGAUUGAGCUUAUUUAAGCUUA